AUGGCGCUAAACGACCCAACAAUCGAUCUCGUCCGCCAGGCUUACGGGAGAUUGUCACAUGAUGAACUCCUUCUCUUCCUCAGAAUUCGGACUCUCCCCACCUCUGGCACAGACGCAGAACUCGCUUCUCGUCUCACCCACCAUGAUCUACACACAUAUCACUUCGUCGGCCACAACCAAGGGCCCUCAUCUCCUCCUUCAUCACCGCCCCCGACCCUAAAAUCGUCGAGUGGAUUCAGCAUCGACAUUGUGGCCGAUAUUAUGGACCAGGUUGGGGAUUGGGAGCUGGCGAAGGCAGUGGGAGUGCCGACAUCCAUCCAGAGACCAAUAGAUUGGGCAAGGGCCGCACCCAUCGAUCAUGCAAUGCUCGCAGGCCAUAUUCCACUCAUUCGAUCGCUGGAUCCAGCGAGCAAUCCGCCUACUAAGGUCGGUGCAGUAGCUGCGGUUAGAUUCGGUUACGUCCAUGUCCUAGAAUUCUUCCUAUCACAUCACCACGAUAUGUUUCUCUCCCUAUUUUCUGGAGAUAUAAUCCCCAUCAAGGCAUCACGGCACGGUCGAAUCGGCGUCUUGUCGUGGUGGAAGCACGGGUUUCAAAAGCAUCCCGAUUUAAUACCUCCCCCCAAAGCAGGAUCCAUCUCCGAGGCUGUUGAUGGCGCUUCACGGAACGGACAGAUAGUAUCUUUGGAGUGGUGGCUUCAUUCUGGCCUCCCUUUCGAAUACUCGGAUGCCGCGCUCGAGCACGCUAGUGCAAAAAAUCAGGUCGCGGUUCUUGAGUGGUGGAAGCAGAUGUCGAAAAAGACAGGUAUGCCUCUUAAAAUCGGUCGGGUCAUGGACGCUGCAAGCACCGCUGGGCAUGUCCCCGUACUUGAGUGGUGGGCGGCGUCCCAGCUUGACUUCAAGUACGAUCGCUACGCACUGCAUCAAGCCAGUUGUCAUGGGCGGGUAGAUGUAUUGGACUGGUGGUUGGGCAGCGGUUUGCAGUUGGUAUUCGACCAAGACGUGUUGACGGGUGCAACAAGACAUAAUCGUGCCGAUGUGCUGGAAUGGUGGGACAAGUCUGGUCUCCCGAUUCAAUACCGGAUGUGUGAUAUCGAGGAAGCCUUGGAAGACGCUAUCGGUGGGGGCGCACAGGCGAGAGCAUGGUGGAAACGGAAAGGCGUCGAUUUUCACGCCGACGAUAAAGUUUGGAUGAAGCUUCAGAACCUCAACUAA